UCUGCCUCCUUGUUUUCCCUCCAAAGGGAAGCCUCUGACAUGGUCGACCCCGCAACCCAAGGAAAAACCAAAAGCCCUCUUUACCAUUCAAAUUGCAAAACCCUUAAAACCCUUUAACACCUCCUUUCUCUUCUCUCUUCCUCCCAAAAAUUAAUGCUGUCCAUUUCUAUUUCAAGAAUGAAAACCCUUAUUUCCCCAACAAAGUUGACAAUUUUCUCUUCCUCCCCCCACCUUCCCCAGAAAGCACCAUUUGUGCUGUUUUCUUUAGCAUGUAAAUCCAUUCUGCAAAACCCACCAUCCCUUUUCCCAAAACCCAGUCUUUUUCACAUUAAACCCACCCCAACUUCAGUCGUUUGUCCGGUUCAGAAACGAGGCCUGCAAAUGGAAUCGGAGUCGGCGCCGUCGUCUCGGGCGUCGUCUUCCGGUGAGAUUCAUGUGAUUGUUGGCCCCAUGUUCGCCGGAAAGACCACCACACUCCUCCGCAGGAUUCAAUCUGAAAGCACCAGUGGCAGCUUUCAGGUCAAGCCCGUUAACAAAGGCCUCCAGCUGGAUAGAACAUUAAGGGGUCUUUGUUUCUCGGGAAGGUUGAAGGAAGCUGUCAGGCUGUUGUGCUGUACAGGAUUGCAAGUGGACCCUGGGACAUACUCUCUUCUCUUGCAAGAAUGCAUAUUCAGGAAAGAAUAUAAGAAAGGGAAAAGAAUCCACGCCCAAAUGAUUGUUGUGGGAUUUGUUCCUGGUGAAUAUUUGAAGACCAAGUUGCUAAUAUUGUAUUCAAAAUCUGGGGAUCUUGGAACAGCAUGCAUUUUGUUUGAUAACUUGGUUGAGAAAAGCUUAGUCUCAUGGAAUGCAUUACUUGCAGGAUAUGUGCAAAAAGGACUUGAAAAAGUGGGAUUGAGCUUUUAUUACCAGAUGAGACUAGGUGGUUUGGUGCCUGACCAGUUUACUUUUGCAUCUGUCUUCAAAGCCUGUGCCACUUUAGCAACACUGGAGCAAGGAAAGCAAGCCCAUGGUGUCAUGAUAAAGUGCAAAAUCAAGGAAAAUGUUGUAGUCAAUAGUGCCCUCAUGGAUAUGUACUUUAAGUGCAGUAGUUUAUCUGAUGGACAUCAGCUGUUUGAUACAUCUGUAAAUAGGAAUGUCAUUACCUGGACUGCUUUGAUAUCGGGGUAUGGUCAGCAUGGAAGAGUAACAGAGGUUUUGGAUUUCUUCCACAGGCUGAAUGCUGAAGGUUUUAAACCAAAUUAUGUUACUUUUCUUUCAGUUCUUUCUGCUUGUAGCCAUGGAGGUUUGGUAGAUAAAGGCUGGGAAUAUUUUUCUUCAAUGACAAGAGAUUAUGGAAUUGAGCCAAGAGGAGAGCAUUAUGCAGCUAUGGUUGAUCUUCUAGGUCGCGCUGGGAGGUUACGAGAUGCUUAUGAGUUUGUUCUGAGCUCACCUUGCAAGGAGCACUCGGUCAUAUGGGGUGCUCUGCUUGGGGCUUGUAGGAUUCAUGGAGACAUUGACUUGUUAAAGCUUGCGGCAAACAAAUAUUUUGAGUUAGAACCAGAGAAUGCAGGGAAAUAUGUGGUCUUGUCUAAUGCUUAUGCCACCUUUGGACUGUGGGAAAAUGUUGCAAAAGUCAGGGCUGUGAUGAAGGAAUCAGGGAUGAUAAAGGAGCCUGGUUAUAGUAAGAUUGAGGUUCAAAAGGAGGUCCACUUCUUCCAUAAGGGUGAUAAAUCUCAUAAACAAUAUAAGGAGAUUUAUGAGAUGGUUAAAUCAAUUAAUUGGAUCCUAAAAGAUGUAGGAUGUGUUCCAGAUUUAGGUGGCUACUACGCUCUAUGGAAGACUCAACAAACAUGCAGUAAUAUCUAUAUAGCAGAAUUACAUGUCCAGUUACAGGGAAGUGUAGCCAUAAUAAAAUCAAACAAGGAUACAAGAUAUGGAUUGGAUUCAAUUGUGACACAUGACGGGGUGAAAUUGCCAUGUUGGCCAUUGGCAAAUUUGUCAUCUUUCAGACAGAAAUUUGGUCCUGAUGCAUAUGAUCAGUUAGAUGUGAUUGGUAUUGAUGAAGCUCAAUUCUUUGAAGACCUAUAUGAUUUCUGCCGUGAAGCUGCUGAUCAUGAUGGCAAAACAGUUAUAGUUGCUGGACUGGACGGUGACUAUUUGAGGAAAAGUUUUGGUUGUGUGCUUGAUAUAAUCCCCCUUGCUGAUUCUGUAACCAAGUUAACUGCUAGAUGUGAACUUUGUGGAAAACGUGCUUUCUUCACAUUAAGAAAGACACAGGAAACACAGACAGAGCUCAUUGGCGGGGCUGAUGUCUACAUGCCUGUCUGUCGGCAGCACUAUGUUAGCGGGCAAGUUGUCCUAGAGGCUGCAAGAGUUGUACUGGAAUCUCAAGUCACUUGCAGCUCCUAUUCAUAGUAGCGUUGCGAUUAGAAUAGGAAUAUAUGGAUGGCUAGUUGUUGUAAGUAACACAACUUGGUGGAAAUCCAACAUGUGCUUGAUUUGUUGUUUGCAUAUGUUAAUUAGUGAAUCUUCAGCUGCAUUUGUCUCAAACUCAAUCACUGAUUGUAAAUUUGUCACCUCCAUGUCUGAAGAAUAUCAUAUAUCUUGUGGCUCUUGUUAAACUAUCCA